CGAAGAUGGCGGCGGAGCUGCAUCCGCGGAGCGGAAAGCUGAUCGGCCUGUCCAACUCGAACCGAACUGCUCGGCGCAACCAGCCCGUCCAGGAGUUCAACCACGGCCUGGUGCUCAGCAAGGAGCCGCUGAGGGACCGGGAUGUCUUCACCGUCCGCAUUGACAAGAAGGUGAACUCGUGGAGCGGCUCUAUAGAAAUCGGCGUGACGGCUCUGGACCCCGCCUCCCUGGACUUCCCCAGCAGYGCCACGGGCCUGAAGGGCGGCUCCUGGAUCGUGUCGGGCUGCUCGGUGCUCCGCGACGGGCGCUCCGUCCUGGAGGAGUACGGCCGCGACCUGGACCAACUGGCCGAGGGCGACCGUGUGGGCAUCCAGCGCAGCUCCUGCGGCGAGCUCCACCUGUGGGUGAACGGGCAGGACUGUGGCGCCGCCGCCAGCGGCUUGCCGUCCAAACUCUGGGCCGUGGUGGACCUGUACGGGAAAUGCACCCAAGUGACCGUAGUGAGCUGCGAGCCGCCACCGCCCUCUACCGAGAAGGAAAAGGAGACGAUGGAGCGGGACCAGGAGGAGGAGGAGGAGGAGGAGGAGGAAGAUGAGGAGGUGGUGGUACACGGGGGAAGGGAGGAUGGAGGGAUCGCAGCACUGAUGAAUGUGGCAGCAAUGAAUGGAGUGGUGAACGGAGAUGAAGUGCCUGAGCUCAGCUGCAGUAAUAGCAGACCAGAAAAGUUUCCCAACAACCUGGAGGCCGACGCUGUUCUGACAGAGCACCAGCUCUUUGAUGUAUUCAACAAUGCAAUAGUAUCUUUUUAUCGCUCUGAGGAUGAGGGUGGAGGGGAGGACRGUGGAGGAGGCGGAGACGUAGGAGGAGGAGGAGGAGGGAACGUUGAAAGCGACUCUUCCUCCAGAAACGACAGAGGAAGCAGAGGUGGAGUCGCCGCGGCGAACGCCGACGGUGGAACAACGGCGGUAGGGGGUGGAAAUUCAGACCACAGCCCUGCUGGCAACGGAGGAGGGGUGGGGUCAACAGCGGUGACGGGUGGGAUGACCACAAAUGAUGCGCUGCUGUUCCACGAGAAGUGUGGCACGCUGAUCAAGCUGAGCAACAACAACAAGACGGCAGAGCGGAGGAGACCUCUGGACGAGUUCAACAACGGCGUGGUGAUGACCAACCGGCCGCUGCGCCACAACGAGAUGUUUGAGAUCCGCAUCGAUAAGCUGGUGGACAAGUGGUCAGGCUCUAUUGAGAUUGGUGUAACCACACACAACCCCAACAACCUGGACUAUCCUGCAACUAUGACCAAUCUGCGCUCAGGAACAAUCAUGAUGAGUGGCUGYGGGAUAUUAACCAACGGGAAAGGCACCCGCAGAGAAUACUGUGAAUUCAGCCUCGAUGAACUACAGGAGGGGGAUCACAUAGGGUUGAUGCACAAAGCCAGCGGUGCGCUCCAUUUUUACAUAAAUGGCAUUGAUCAAGGUGUUGCAGCAGCCCAGACCCCCAGCGUGGUCUACGGUGUGGUGGACCUGUACGGCAUGGCCGUUAAAGUCACCAUAGUCCACAACCACAACCACAGCGACCGCCUCAGGCGCAACAACGCCAUCAUGAGGGCUCUUUCGCCCGACGUUGGGCGACCCCGGCCGGCCCUUUCCCUCACYCCUGACACAGAGGCGCCCGAUCGCCUGCUGUUUCACCCCAACUGUGGCCAGAAGGCCGCCAUCAUCUGCGACGGCAGGACCGCGCUGCGACCACAUGCGACUGAUGAUUUUAACCACGGCGUGGUCCUGAGCAACCGGCCGCUGCGCUCCAACGAGGUGUUCCAGGUCCGCAUUGACAAGAUGGUGGACAAGUGGGCGGGCUCUAUUGAAAUUGGAGUCACGACGCACAACCCCGCCUACCUGCAGCUGCCGUCCACAAUGACAAACCUGCGCUCAGGGACGUGGAUGAUGACGGGGAACGGUGUGAUGCACAACGGAACAACUAUCCUGGAUGAGUAUGGACACAACCUCGACCGACUUAAAGCCGGGGACACUGUGGGAGUCGUGAGGAAAGAAGACGGUAGCUUGCACUUCUUUGUGAACGGCGUGGCCCAGGGCCCGGCAGCCUGGAACGUGCCCCCCAGCGUCUACGCUGUGGUGGACCUGUACGGCCAGGCGGCCCAGGCCACCAUCAUGGACGACAUGGUGGACCUCCCGCCUCUUCCGGAGGACAGCUCAGAAGGCCCUACGGCCAUGUCUCCUGGGAGCCCCUGCUCAGCGGCUGGGGCCACCACAACCAGCGACCUGUAUUUCCACCAGCUGCAUGGCACCAACGCCGUCAUCACCAACGGGGGGCGCACCGCCCUGCGUCAGAACUGCCGCAGCGAGUUCAACGACGCUAUCGUCAUUUCCAACAGAACUCCUCGACUUCCUGUGCGAUCAGGCGUGACGGCCAUCAGACCAGAGGAGCUGGAGUUUCCAAACACUAUGACGGACAUCGACUACGACACGUGGAUGCUCAGUGGAACAGCCAUCAUGCAGGAUGGAAACACGAUGCGCAACAAUUACGGCUGCGACCUGGACUCUCUGACCACGGGCUCUCGGAUCGGCAUGAUGCGCUCAGCCAGCGGCAACCUCCACUAUUACAUCAACGGCGUGGACCAAGGCGUGGCCUGCUCCGGCCUGCCGCCAGAGGUGUUUGCUGUCAUCGAUCUGUACGGUCAGUGUGUUCAGGUGUCCAUCACCAGCUCCUCGGGCCCGCUGGACAACAGUCUGUGUACCAGCAACGUCACCGAGAAGAGCUUCCCCAUUCACUCCCCAGCAGCAGGCGUCGCUCAUCACUUCCACAGUAAACACGGUAAGAACGUGGUGCUGCUGGGAGAGGGCUGCCAGGCCAUCAGAAUCGGAGGUUACGCUCACGGCAUCGCCUUCAGUGCCAAGGAGCUCCGAGCUGACGAGCUGUUUGAGGUGAGGAUCGAUGAAGUGGACGAGCAGUGGUGCGGUUCGCUGCACAUCGGUCUGACCACCCUGGCUCCUCCAGAGCUGCCGUCCCGCCCGCUGUCCGGUCUUUCCCCAUCCCUCCCGCAGCUUCGCACCAAGGUCACCUGGCUCCUCUGCAGCUCGGAGGUUCGGCGCAACGGAGCGCUGCAGCGCCAGAACUACGGCUAUUCACUGGAGCGGCUGACGGUUGGGAACCGUGUCGGCGUGAAGAGGUGCAACGACGACACCAUGCACGUCUUCAUCGAUGGGGAGGACAUGGGACCUGCUGCGACUGCGAUCCCCAAGAACGUUUACGCCAUUCUGGACCUGUACGGGAGGAUAACGGCCGUCUCCAUCGUCAGCUCGUCUCUGACGGAGGACUCUGAGAGCGUCAAGGCGCCGUCGCUCACCUCAGACAGCUGCAGCGAGGGGGAGGAGGACGGCAGCCCUGUCAGAGAGGCUGAGAGCGAGCAGUGUUCCCUCGUGCCCACGGUCAUGGCGUUCCUGGAAAACCACGGCAAAAACAUCCAGCUGUCCAACCAGAACCUGACCGCGGCCCGAGUGUCGAGCUACAACCAGGGCCUGCUGGUCACCGCCCAGCCGCUGGCCCGUCAGCAGCUCUUCCAGUUUCAGAUCGAUCGUUUGAACCCGUCAUGGACGUCGUCCCUGUCRUUAGGGGUGAUAGGCCACUCCCCUGACCGGCUCAACUUCCCCUCCACGGCGUGCUGUUUGAAACGCUCCGCCUGGCUGCUGCAGCGAGACUCUGUCUUCCACAACUCACUGAAGAUAUGUGAGAACUACGGUCCUAACCUGGACACUUGUCCAGAGGGSACAGUGUUGGGUCUGCUGGUGGACACCAACAGUUGUCUCCACCUCUAUGUUAACGGCAUGGACCAGGGUGUGGCAGCGCAGGACAUCCCUUCACCCUGUUAUCCCUUCAUAGACCUGUAUGGCCAGUGUGAGCAGGAUUAAGUCCCACUGUGAGGUUUCUAACGCACUAAAGAAGUGGCACACAGCGUAUCACGGCACCAGCGUGGGAACUCUGCGGCGCACUCUGGACCACGGCCAGCUACUUCCUGGGACUUCUUCCAUCUUCUCCACGUCUCCGGUGAAGGCGGAGGCUCCCAGCGGCUACAGUGAGCCCGAGGAGAACAGCGCCCCCGGCAGGGAGGUUCCCAGAGCGCGCCUGUCCCCCACCAUGCGCUACUCGGGUUUGGAGAUCUUUGCUCCCAAAGUGCAAUUUAGGGACCCCCGUUCUCAUCGAUGUCACCAGGCUCAGGUGGGCUUCCAGGUGUGCGUGCGGCCGGGCUCCUACAAGGUCGGACCUCAGACCCUCGGCCACAGCGAGGCCGUGGACCCUCGCUUUAGCAACUCUGAGAUCGAGUGGAUCACCAAGGAGCAGGGCGGCACGCUCCUGUACGGACUGCUGAUCCGGGUCGAGUGAGCCGAGCGGCGUACGGCGGAGUCGAGGACUUUUCAUAAACAGACWAACUCAGCCUCGGCCUUGAACAAAGAGACUCCUCUGAAACGCGAAUUGUCGACGCAGCUCAGCGUUUCUAUUUUAGCUGUUCCCUCUCAGACCAGUUUGACAGCCGGAGGUGGUUUUUUUGUUUUGGUCAUCUCAAAGAACAGACACUGCCUGCACUUUAUGUUUCGGACACCUGUGGGCGAUUUUUAAACUUCUUAUCGAAACGACACGUUUGAUCGUUUGCUCUUCCUUCCACGUUGAAGUGAUCCCACCCCCCACCCCCCUGAACCGCACAUCAACAUUUUUUUCGUCCACGCUUAAGACUUUUUUCUUUUUAAUUUUGGCACUUAACUUCAGCCUCCACUCUGAUGAGUGUUUAUUUUGGGAGAAGCUAUUUCUUGUCUGCUGGUUACGCUGAUGCAUAAAACGUAUGUUUAAAAACACACCAGGACCGUAGUUUUAAUUUUAAUGUUAAACAGAGACUUGAAUCUGAUAAUGAACCCAGAAUAUUGUGAUUGUGACCUCCUAUUUGAGACAAUUUUUUAAAACUGGAAGGAGAUAAAAACAAAAUGUUUACGCACCUAA